AUGCCUGCUGGGGCCGAUGGGGCUCAGGGUCGUUGUCAGUCUCCUUGGCGAUGGCAGUCCCUCUAUUCCAGCCUGAGACUGGGACCGAGCGGCCCGAGGGACCGGGCAGCACGGGGCCGGGCAGCACGGGGCCGGGAGGGGAGGCGAAGGUGGAGGCAGAGGGGCGGGACACGGGCUGGCACCUCCCCCUCCCUGCGGGCCGUGCUGCGCCGCGGUCUUGGUCACCCGGGAGGGGAGGACUUGGAGCCGAACUCCAGGGACACAGUCACCAACCACCCCAGGACCAGGAGCUCUCAGGUCGUGGUGUGCGCUCUCUUCCUUUCUUUUGCCCCUGAACUUGCCAGCCAUCUGUCACCUGGUCGAGGUUUGGGGCUGGAACCUGUUCCACCCGCGGGCCACCAACGCGCCUUCUCUUCCCGGUCAGAUUCCUGCCAGGCGCCAGGAGGGCAAAGGGCCAGGUGUGGCGACUCAAGACCAGCCUGUUGUCUGGGCAACAUAGCAAGUCCUGGUCUGGAGGAAGAGGAGGAAGAGGAGGAGGAAGAAGAAGAGAUGCUGCCACAGAUGUGGUGCAUGAGGAAGAAGUCAGGAGUACCUUACACAGGGUGAGAGACUUUGAGCCAUGAACUCUGUCCUCCUGAGUCCUUCCCAGAUGUCUUAGUCAUUGUUCUGUUGCUGUGAAGAGACAUCAUGACCAAGGUAACUCUUAUAAAAAAGAAUGUUAGGGGAUAAUCUUUUUGUAUGCUAUGAAGAUGUGUCUGUUUUACCUCAUCUGCCUAAAGCACCUUCUGAUUGGUUUAAUAAAGAGCUGAAUGGCCAAUAGCUAAUUGAGAGAUGAGACUCCUUUAAGAGGCCCUGCUAUGCAGCUGAGCAGCUGAGUGGGGCCUGUGAGAAGCCUAGGUAGAAAAGCCUGCCUCAGUGCAGACCCAGCAACUUCCCAGAGCUGGGGCAGGUAGGUGCCGGCUCCCUGCCAGUGCCUGCAGGCAUGAGGCUAGGCUCUCAUGAAAAAGCUAGCAGCUGCUACAGCCCAGAACCAGUGGGGAAGCUUGCUGGACUGACUUGAGGAAGGUGGAACCAACGGCCAGCACCAUGUGCUAAGCAGAGCCUCAAAAAACGGAUGCACAGAGGUUACUUGGCCUUUUAAGGUUUGGCUCAAGCUGGAGAUUCUCAGAAAUCCAGGCCCAGAUUGGUGGCGGGGGAACAACCCUCUAAGUAGGGUAUCCUUGAAAAUGUGCUUAGGUGCUGAAGAAAGAAAAGAAGAUCGAGGGGGCUGGAAAGAGGGCUCAACAGUUAAGAGCACUGACUGCUCUUUCAGAGGCCCCAGGUUCAAUUCUCAGCACCCACAUGGCAGCUCACAA